UGCUUGCUCACAUUUAUCGUACAACGCAACGUAGUUUACGGUCUUGUACUUAUCGCUACAGAGUAAAUUUCAAUUUAUAAUUUGUAGCUAAGUUUAUUUCGUGAUUAAUCAAGGCAAAAUCGCAGGAAAUCGAAUAACCACGCUUCUGCAAAUAUUUAUUAAUUGUGAUUCAAUAUGCCAACCAUCAAGUUACAGUCGUCGGAUGACGAGAUUUUUGAUGUCGAUGUACAAGUUGCCAAGUGCUCUGUUACAAUUCGCAACAUGUUGGAUGAUUGUGAAUCGGAGGAGGAUGAUAACGCCAUUGUGCCAUUGACCAAAGUGAAUGCAAAGAUUUUGGGCAAGGUCUUGGAGUGGGCCAAGUAUCAUAAGGAUGAUCCUCAGCCAACCAAGGAUGAUGAGAGCAAUAAAAAAAGUACCGCUGAAAUGAAAUCAUGGGAUGACGAAUUUCUUAAGGUCGAUCAGGACCAACUCUUUGAACUGAUUUUGGCCGCCAACUAUUUGGAUAUUAAGAGCUUGCUUGAGUUAACCUGCAAGGCUGUCGCCAAUAUGAUCAAGGGCAAGACUCCAGCGGAGAUACGCAAGACAUUCAACAUCAAGGAUCCCGCCGAGGAGAAGUAGAUUGGAUGGAAAAUCGGCAGGACGAAUGGGGAGAACGCACUGUGGCUUAUUGGCACCCGCUAGUUUUGGAAGGCUUCGUUAUUAAUACGAUAAAAAAAAAAAACAAAUUACAAUAAAUAAACUGAAGUGAUGAAAUUCAUGUUCGCAAGAAAAAUGAAUAUGCUUAAGCAAUUACGAAUUAAAUAAGACUACAGAAUCU